AUGAUCCAUAUUCCGCACUUCCCUGGUGCGGAUAAGCUCAGCGGCACGAGUAUUCGGUUCAUCACAACGUUUACAUGUGCUACUGCUUUCCUUCUUUUCGGUUAUGACCAGGGUGUCAUGUCUUCUCUGAUCGAGGAGCCUAUGUUGGCUGCCUCAAUGCCUGAAAUUGCUAAGUACGAGCCGAACGGUGCUGGUACGGCUCUUCGGACGGCUCAUGAUGUUACUCAAGUAAAGCUCCAGCCCUGGCUGUUUAGUGACAACAUCCAGGGUGCUGUUGUCAGUUGCUACGAGCUUGGUUGUAUGAUUGGUGCUAUCUUUAUCUUGUUCCGCGGUGAUGCUCUUGGCCGUCGCUGGUGUGUUAUGAUUGGUUCGACCAUUAUGAUUGUUGGUACGGUUGUUAUGGUUCUUUACGACACGAUGGGCAACUUCAUCGUUGGGCGUAUUGUUGCAGGUCUUGGCAACGGAAUGAACACUGCUACUAUCCCUGUGCUGCAGUCUGAACUGUCUCACCCCAGGUACCGUGGUCUCCUUGUAUUCAUCGAGGGUGCCCUACUUGGCGGUGGUGUCAUGAUCUCAUACUGGUUGGACUUUGCGUUCUACUUCUUAAGAUGGAACAGUGUACAAUGGCGCUUUCCCAUCGCUUUCCAGAUUGUGUUCUGUAUUGUUAUUAUCAUCGGUAUCAUGAUUAUGCCUGAGUCCCCUCGUUGGCUGGUCAAGAAGAAUCGCGUGGAGGAGGCUGAAAGUGUGCUGGCACGCGUGUACGGCAAGCCGCGCGAUGACCCUGAAGUGCAACAGGAGCUCCAUACGCUUGUUGAUGCUAUCCAACUCAACGAGCAGAGGCUUGGUCCGUUCCGCUACCGCGAGAUGCUUGAGACUGGUCCGUCGCAGAACUUCUACCGGACUGUCCUGGGUAUGGGUGGUCAGUGCAUGCAGCAGUGGACUGGUAUUAACAACUUGACGUACUAUGCUAACACGGUGUUCAAGAUGGUGCAACCCGACGAUAUCAUUAGUCGUAUCCUGGUGUGCUGCAGUGGUGUAUUGUAUUUCCUUGCUGCCUCAGCGGCUGUGUUCUUCAUCGAUCUUAUUGGCCGUCGUCACUUGAUGAUCUGGGGUGCAUUCGGCAUGAUGCUUUGCUUCGCCAUCAUCUCGGGCAUGGUGUACAUGGUGCAGCAGAAACCGGCCGGUGACCCGACUACGCAAGUCUACGGUAAGGUGGCUGAAGCUUUCAUCUACAUCUACUUUGUGCCGUGGUCACUCGGUUGGCUUGGCAUGGCUUGGCUCUACCCGCCUGAGGUCAACAACAUGCGUGUCCGUGCCCCUGCUGCUGCCAUGUCGACAAUUGUGAACUGGCUCAUGAACUUCACCGUCGUGAUGAUUUCGCCGCCGGCCUUCAAGAGCCUAAAGAACCACACUUUCACCAUGUUCGGUGCUUUCAACCUGCUUUUCAUUCCGAUUGUCUACUGCUUCUACCCUGAGACGAAGCACCGUGGUCUUGAGGAGAUGGACCUGAUCUUCGAGGAUGCUUACCACGAGGGCUUCUGGAGGAAGAGCCGCUUCAUGACCAACGCGGCCUACUUCUCGAUCACUCGUCCUUUCCUUUCGCCUGAGGAGCUUGACGCUGUUCUUCAACACCGUGAGCAGGAGAAGGCGGACGGCAAGGUCCCGACUAAGCCUGAGGAAAUCAACACUGGCAACUUUAUGUAUGACGUUGACGACAAUGAGUUUGGUGACCAGAAGCGUUUGGGUGCCGGUGCUGGCAACGGCACUGACACGGGUGUUGGCAUGGGUACAGGUAAUGUUGACAUUACCUCGCCGACUGCCAACCCUGGUCCUCAGGUGUAA